GCUUGUUUUGUUAGAUAGGUACUUUCCCAUACCGUUAUUGCCACCCAUGUGCCCUGCUGUCUCCUGCUACCGUUUCCAAAAUGUUGCCUUAGGCACUUACAUCCCACCUUCUAGGUAGGAACCAACCUAUCAUUCACCCACCUAUCUUACCUAUCUUGGGAAUCAACACUAAAAACUUUGUCUGUUCUCCUAUCCAAGGUCGACGGCCCCUUAUUAUCCUUCACAACUCACCGGAACCCCCUAUAAUCAGACAUCGCCAUUUCUCCCCUCCCUCCUCCCACCCCCCGGUAACCGUUCUGCAACUGCCGUCCAUCAUCGGCCAUUCUGCCUCACCCGGCUCAAGUCUGUUCAGCAAGGAUGGACGAACCCACGCCUCAUGUCCAUAAUUACAACGAGACAACGCCCGAGUCAAACCACGCGCCCUCUCAGCAGAUGAGCGCCCUUUUGUCCAACAACCGUGGAGCUAUCGGCUGCGAUAAAGAAUACCCCUGCUCCCAAUGCCAACGCGCCGACAUCGACUGCAUCCCCGCCAUCAACAAGCCCAGAGAGAAACGCACACGGAUUCUACUCACUCCUCAAUAUGAGAAGAAAAUCGACCUCAUCGACCAUCGGCUCGACAACCUAGCCAAGUUGAUGGAGGAUCUCAAGACGCACAUUUCCACCACCGUCGCCUCCAAUAGUGCCAACUCUGGCAACCAUGCUUCAACCCAGGCCACCGUAGCUCCGGCCGUGGCCUCUCCCUCAACUCACUCAGGCCAGCCAGAUUCGGCCGCCGGACCGGUCGUGGAGGGGAACUCUUCGCUGUCGGCCCAUUCUGUGUUUGUCAACGACUUCCUGCAGGGUUUCAUUGGGUCCCUCCAGAAGCCCGAUCCCGAGAUUCGCGAGACCUUGGAUGCCCUCUCGCACAUCGUCAGCCCCGCCAAGCAGCAAGCCAGCACAUACGAAAUGGUUCUGGCCCACGCUAGGCCGAGGACCCAUCUUCAGCAGGAGAAGUUUGAUUUGCCUCCCAUUCAGAAAGCCGUUGCCCUCAUUCACAUAGCAAAAGCCCAGCGCCUCGCCGGCACCGGGUGGAUCUACGAAUUCAUCACUAUGCAGGCAUUUGGAGACCUAUGUCUCGAUACCUACUUUUCGGAAGACCGUUCGCCCUUCCACUUCAUCAGCGUCAAUGCCGGGCUUUACUCUCUAUGCCAGGAUUACGCCCAAACGGCAUCCGUCUCUCAACAGGAUAAGGAGGAACACCUAGCCUAUGCCCGUCUGUGCCGCGAGAACCUCGAAACGGGGCUGGCCUACUUACCACUGCAUAUACCGGCUUCUUCAGAUGCCAUCGCCGCACUUCUCUUUGGAGCCUUCUACGCUAUGGAAUUUUCAAAGUCGUCACUGUGCUGGGCCCUGUCGUCCAAGGCGUCGGAGCUGUGUCAAACACUGGGCUAUCAUCAAGUUGCACCCGCGAACAGUGAAAGGCCGGCGGAUUCAAAGUACACGAGCUUCCUCUUCUGGACGACCUACUACAUCGACAAAAGCCUGUCCCUCCGCCUGGGCAGGGCUUCCACCAUCCCUGACUGGGACACAACGAUAAGCCCGCCCGCGAUGCCGAGCUCGGAUCAGGAGCCCGUCCUCGCCUUCUUUCCGUUGUGGGUCAAGGCUGCGAAAUGCCAAGGCAAUAUCUACAAGAUGCUCUACAGUUCCGGCUCAAUUAACCAGCCAGACCACGUACGGCAGUCGAGGGUCGACUUUUUGCUAACAAGCUUGCACGAGCUGGAAAGGGAGACGGAAAGAACCAGAGACCAGUGGCUCAGGAUCUCCAAGGCAGCCUCGGGAGACGACUUGAUGGAUUUCUACGCCACCUCUGAUGAUAUUCUCCGGCUCUCUCUCCUCACUCAUGUCCACCGGGCCGCCCCGAGACCUGCCUCCUGCCCGACAACCUUCAGUCCCGAAUGCAUCCAAGUGGCGAGGGCGACGCUCGAAAGGCAUCACGACUGCAUGGAAAUCAUACACCGGACCAACGGCAUCUACUUUUCGGUGUACAUCCACUGGACACUCCUCUUCGCCCCUUUCAUCCCCUUUGUCGUCGUUUUUUGCCACGUGAUGGAGACCCAGGACCAGGCAGACCUGGCCCUUCUGCAGGCGUUCGUCGACUCGAUCCAGUCCGCGUCCACGGUCUCGGAACCCGCUGCCAAGAUGCUGCACCUCUUCCAGGUGCUGUACAACAUCUCGCAGCGCUACAUCGAUCUCGGCAUGUCCAAACUGCAGGGGGACCAGAGCUUCUCCGUCCCGCAGAUGGACACCGACCUCGCCGCUCUCGGCUUCCCCCACGCCGGCGUAUACGACGCGACUUGGUUACAGCAGAACCAGGAUCCGAACCUGAUGAAUGGGUUUGGCGGGGACUCCAUGCAGGCCGGCGACGACGCAAGGACGAGCGGCAACGGGGUACACCUGGCCCAACAGCCGCUGCUUUCAGUGUUGAGCAUGGGCAACGGGCCGCAGCUGGAGGACUGGUUCAACAACAACCAGGCGUCGAUGGAGAUGUUACUGGACGACAACGUUCAAAGCCAGCUAAAAGAAUAGAAACUGUCCGGUUACAGUGUAUGGACUGAUUGAAACACCACUGCCCUAUUUGAAAUGAUGCUACGGCUCACAUCGGUGUGCGUGACUCGGUGCAGGUGUGGCAUCGCUCAGCAGACCCUUGCUACCUAAACAUAGGGUCAGUAUUGAUAGCUAUCUGGGCCGGAUAUUGGAAUGACCCCACGGAGAACAAGAGAGCCGCUUUGUCAAAAUGGCCAUGAAAGGAUACAGCUGACACCUAUUGCUACGCCUUGACCUCCGGUGGAAGUCUUGGGUAGAAAGAUUAAGUUCUGCCACAAGUAGUCUUACUAGCCGGAUCAAUACAAUCGCUCAAC